UAGAUUCUGUUAUUUGUUGAAAAAUUAAAUAAGACAAAUCAUCUGGAUAAUCAUUUCGUAGAACAGAAUUUUUCAUUAAUAAAAUUUUUAAUUUGGAAUUACUAUUCACGUUUUUUUCAACCUCUUACCAUCAUCGUAAUCAUGUGGUAUUUGAGGCAUCAUGCUCGACGAUUUUUUCGAGCCAUUAUGAAACCGAUACCGAUCGAUGUGGCUCGAAAAUGGUAUCAACGAACUCGCUAUCUUUAUGUUUGUCUUGGUGCCACUGCAUUUGCAUAUUCUUUUUACACAUUCAAUAAACAUAAAAAAGAUAUCGAACUUUUUCCCGUUUUCGAUAAAAGUUCUUUACAUAAAAAAUUAAGAAUGAAAGGUGAUCCUGGUGAAGUAGUGAUAGCUAAUAUUGGUUUUGGUAAACCGAUUACAGUCGAACGAUAUAAUAAUGAAGAUUAUAUUCUUGAUUAUGAACAACGAAAACGAAAUUACGAAUUACAACAACAAUUGCAACAAACAUCUCAACCAAUCGAUAAAAAUCUUGCCUAAUUGGAAGUUCAUCUUGUUUUCUAUCAUAUCCAUAUUUAAAUACAUGAAUUUGUUGACAGUUAAUGUAAAAUAACUGAAUUAGAUUAAUUUACGAUCGAUAUAUUUAAAAAAAACAAUAUAUUAAAAUU